CGCGAAGAAUUUUGCAGAAUCGGAGGUUCGCAAGCCGUGAAGGUAGAAAAUGCUUAAUGAUGGAGAAGAGACUCCUUCUAGACAUGAGAUUCUGAGUAUGGUUAAGAAGCACUCAAAGUCAUUAGGGAAGACGUCUCUUGAUGAGCAAGAUGCGUCUGAUGUAGAAAUGGACUCUAAUUUCUGGCAUGGUGUGUUUGAUGUUUACUUCAUUCGUUGCAUGGAGUCAAGGAGACGGCAAGACGAUGAUCUUCUGUUUUUUGUCAGGAAAUUGAGCUGUAAGUCAUAUGGUUUGACUGAAAAUGAAGAAGCACCAGCUCCUUACUUUGUGCGCAGGUGGGCACCUAAGUUGGAUGAGCUGCUUGGUGAAAGUCUGCCUGAAGUUGAUUGGAGGAAAUCAUUUUAUUUGAAUAUGAUUGCCCACACAUCAUUCACUGUUACAGUGGCUAUUUGCAGUAAUGAGGCCCUUAAGACGUACCAAGGCAGUAAAGACACAAAACUCUCUCCUAUAUACAAGGUAGUAAAAACUGUAUAUGCAUCACCUAGUCGUGUUAAUUUUCAUCUGGACUCAAAGAAGGCAAUAGAAACAACACCUGCCUACCCAGAAAUUUGUUUUGCCGUAGAUGAUUUUGACUCAACCUUUGAUGCUGUGGUUCUGACAGAAAAAGAUCAUUGCUAUUGCGUACUACUAAAUUCUCACGAUGGGGCAGCCUUUCCAAGUGCAACUGUUAAAGAUUCGAGUGAUUCUAAUACGAAUGCUGACCCUAGAAGUGUGAAAGAUCCUAAGGUUACUCUGUUUUCUGGGUUUGUCAGCUAUCAGAUGGUUCGAGAAGCCUAUGAAGGGGGGAGGAAUCGGUUUGGAAGUCUCCUAUCACUCGGUCAUAACACAGGAAAAGCAGACAGACUUUAUAUGAGAGGUCCAGGAGGACGUGGAGAAGUUGAAGUAGCUGUUUCUGGCGUUAUAGAUCAGAGCCAAGUAGUUUUAGGGCCUGUUUCACCAAUGUCUUCAAAGAAGAGCAUCGAUCUCGGCUCCAUUUUCCGUAAAGCAGCCUCUGUUGCAUCUGUCGCAGCUAAACAUGCAAUAGCAGCUGCAACCGCGUCAUAUGAUGAAGACGAGAUGUUCCCUCUUAAAUGCUGCUUAAUGUCCAUCUCGUUACCGUGGGACACUAUUGCUCAUGAUCUUUUAUUCAAGGCAUCUCCACCAGUAAACAUGGAGUAGAAGUGUAGGACACUCUGGAAUGAAGCGUAGGAAACAGAAACUUGUGUGUUUUGUCUAAAAUGAAUUUUUGUAUUUUGAUUGAAUAUUCCUUUUGUGCUGUUACUUGACUACCGUAUGUGGUUUACCGUUUACCACAACCACUGUUAUUACCUCAAGGAAUAAAUGAAAGUGAAGUUGUCAUUUUGUGAAUAUGCAAUCAUCAAGUCUAUAGAUUUUUGGCUACUCUUCUUGUUCUAGUAUUGUGUAAACACUCAGCUUAUGCUUCUACAAAAAUCAAUUAUUAAUGAAUUUCAGUUAAUUUA